AUGUUUAAUCUCGUGUGGCCUGUGCUUGCUUUGGUCACGAUAGGUACGGUUACAUCUCAGAAUUCAGGACCCAUCUACCCAAUUGACGGAUUAAGAAACAGUAACUCAGAUGAUGGAAGUUCUCCUGAAAUUCCACUACAACGACGGUUUCCGUAUUUUGGACAUUCAUAUGAUCGGAUUUAUGUAAACAAUAAUGGACAUCUGACCUUUGACACACCUUGGAGUAGUUACGUACCUCAAAGAUUUCCACUGUAUGGAUCCAGGGACAUCAUUGCUCCAUUCUGGACUGAUUUGGACAACAGUUUGAGUGGUCAGGUCUACUACAAUCAAUACACCAGGGGCAGCAUCCUCCAACAAGCCACGCAAGACAUUCGUCGUUACUUCCCACGAUUGAGCUUCAGUGCUGAAUGGGUGUUAGUUGCAACAUGGAACGAGGUGGCCUACUAUCCCAACUCUGGAACCCAAACAACGUUUCAAGCAGUCUUGAUCUCCGGCGGCCCGUACUCAUUUGUGCUGAUGAAUUAUGGGAUAAUAGCCCCAACAAAUUACAAUAUACAGGCUGGCUAUGACACAGUGGACUCCACUCAACAUUUUACCAUUCCCGGAUCUUUAUCUACCGCGGCAUCAGGGAGUAACUCAAAUUUCCGCCUGAGCAGCAAUGUCAAUGUACCCGGUCGUUGGGCUUUCCGGACCGAUUAUGGAUCAAGAGGCUGUGUAUACAGUGGUGAAUCAGUGCAGCUGGGUGACUCAUUCUGGAGUGACCGUACAUGUGCACAGAAGUGCACCUGCACCUCAGCAGGCCUGCAGUGUCACAGCGAAAGCUGCUCCUUUUCCCAAAUCUGUCAACCCGCUGCCUUUAAAUUCUCCUGCCAGACCGUGCAGAGAGGCUCCUGCAGCAUAAGUGGUGAUCCACAUUACUAUACCUUUGAUCAAAAAGUCUUUCACUUCCAAGGCACCUGCACUUAUGUUCUCUCUGAGCAAUGUGGUCGUGGGUUGCCCUACUUUAGAGUAGAGGGCAAGAAUGAGCAUCGGGGCAGCACCCAGUAUUCCUGGACACGACUGGUGAAAGUGUUCGUCUAUAAUAAAACCAUUGAGCUUGUCAAGGGACGACGAGGUGCAGUUAAGGUUAAUGGCAUCUUUGCAGACACUCCUUUCUAUCUCAACAAUGGCACGGUACAGGUUUAUCAGUCCGGUUUUUCUGUGAUCGUCAGCACUGACUUCGGCUUGCAGGUGUCUUAUGACACAAAUAAUUAUGUGAAGAUCAGUGUGCCCUACACCUACCAGAAUGCAACAUGUGGCCUGUGUGGAAACUUCAACAAUAAUGGCAGGGAUGACUUCAUAACCAGACAAGGAGAAAUUGUAAGCUCUGGUGUGGUUUUUGCCAACAGUUGGCAAGUAUCAGGAGGCGAUGAGCCUGGCUGUGAGGGGCAGUGUGAAGGUCUCAGCUGUGCUACCUGUACUGAGGCUCAAACUGCUUUAUACAGCAACAGUGCCCAUUGUGGUAUCCUCCAAAAUAGCUCUGGACCUUUUGCUGCUUGCCACGACACACUUUCCCCACAGAGCUUUGUGCAAAGCUGUGCGUUUGAUUUGUGUGUAGGAGAAGGAUAUCAACCCAUUCUUUGCCAAGCUCUGAAUGUGUACGCAAGACAGUGUCAACAGAAUGGUAUACAGCUGCCAAGCUGGAGGAGACAAGACUUUUGUGAGAUCCAAUGCCCUGCCAACAGCCACUAUGAGCGCCAAGGCACCGCAUGUCCAGCUUCCUGUGUCAACCCAAAUUCAACCCAAGGGUGUCCUCUUCCUGACCAAGAGAGCUGCCUCUGCAAUUCAGGCUACAUCCUCAGUGCUGGUCUCUGCAUCCCUCAUGCUGAGUGUGGCUGCAGCUUUGAGGGUAGCUACUACCGCUCGGGAGUAACUGUGAUGCUAGAUGAGGACUGUGGGAGACGUUGUAGCUGCAGUAAUGGAUCCAUGACUUGCCGCCCCCAUGGUUGUGGCCCUCUUCAAUCAUGCAGUGUGGAUGAGGGAGAAAGAGGAUGUAGACCCAACAGCUAUGGCACAUGCUGGAUGAAAGGUCCAGGGUCAUAUUACACGUUUGAUGGAUUGACCUACCUGUAUCCCGGGGCGUGUCGAUUGACCCUUGCCAAAGUAAUGGGAUUGUCUAGUUACCCACAUUUUGUGGUGACAGCAGAGAAACUGCCUGUAGGCCAGCAGGGGUUUUCUAGAGUGCUAAAGUUUGAGGCUGGGGGAAUACAGGUGUCCAUUGAGAUGGCAGGUAGCAGCAGAAUAUUGGUUGAUGGACAGCAGAUAAGAUUACCAUUUAGCUCGGCAUCCAACCACAUCCAAAUCUACCACAGCAGCCUUCACAGCAUCAUCCUUCGCACGUCCUUUGGUGUAACUAUACAGACCGUUUGGCCUCACUUUGUGCGUGUCACCGCACCCGGCAUCUACAACGGUUCAUUGGGUGGACUCUGUGGAAACUACAAUGGACAGCCUAAUGACGACUUCCGCACACCCAAUGGCAUUCUGGUUAACAGCUCUCAGGACUUUGGGGACAGUUGGCGGGACGGCUCUCUCUCUGCAGAGUGUGUGGAGAGAGUAAAUCGUAACUCCACAACCAAUUACAAUUCUAGUGAGUACUGUGGCAUUCUUGGUUCCCCACAUGGGCCGUUUGCCCAGUGCUGGGCCAUGGGGAGCUCCCAGCAGCAUGUGGAUGCCUGUGGGGAGAUCAUUAGAGCCUCUAGAGAUCCAGUCCAAGCACUAUGUGAGGUCCUACGAGAUUACGCACUAAUGUGUCAACAGAAGGGUAUUGCCCUUGGACAUUGGAGAAAUGCAACUCACUGUGAGCAAAACUGCCCCCAAAACAGCCACCCAGAAGACUGUGGAAGCACCUGUCCUUCCGCCUGCCCCAGCCUCUCUUUCCCUUUCGUCUGUGACACCGUGUGCCAGGAUGGGUGUCAGUGUGAUGAUGGCUUUGUCCUCGACGGAAACCAGUGUGUGCGACCCACAGCGUGCGGAUGCUAUCACCAAGGACGCUAUCGGCAGGGAGGCGAGCAGUUCUGGGAUGGGGAAGAGUGUCAGAGUUUGUGUACCUGUACAGGCACAACUGGAAUGGUCCACUGUAUCCCCAACGCCUGUGGUCCCCAAGAGUCCUGCCGUGUGAUGGAGGGUGAGUUUGGCUGCCAUCCUGACCCUCAUGGCACAUGUUCUGCCUCUGGUGACCCCCACUACCUCACCUUUGAUCGCAAGGCCUACGACUUCCAGGGAACCUGCCGCUAUGUGUUGGCGACUCUCUGCAAUGACACUGAUGGGCUUCACCAAUUUUCUGUGGAAGCUAAGAAUGAGCCAGUCAACGGCUGGCCAGUGUCAGUAACAGCAGAAGUUUUUGUUAAUGUGGCAGGCUAUCGUGUGCAUAUGUCGAGGGAGAGUCAUGGUGUGGUACAGGUGAACGGAGUAACUAAAAACGUACCUAUCCUCCUGAAUGGAAGUCUUUCUAUUCGCGCUAGUGGAUUUCACACAUACGUCAGUGCUGAUUUUGGCCUGAGUGUCAUGUACGAUGGAUGGUAUACAGUGUCUGUUUCUGUACCUUCAAUAUACAGAGGAAAAACAUGUGGACUUUGUGGUAACUUCAAUGGAAAUCCCAAUGAUGACUUCCACACCCACUCUGGAAUCAUGGUUACCUCUCCACAAGAGUUUGGAACCGCCUGGAAAGUUGCAGGCAACUACAUCUGCAGCGAUGGGUGUGGCUCCUCCUGUCCACAAUGCACCAACGAGCUACCUGCCAGAGCCCGAUGUGACGUGAUUCAGGCAUCUGAUGGACCCUUAAGCUUCUGUCAUGAGCUGGUGAACCCAGCGCCAUAUUUCAGUGACUGUGUGUUUGAUGUUUGUGUGUCGGGAAGUGAAGAUCUUCUGUGCAGAGCCAUUCAGUCAUACGUCAGUGCCUGUCAGUCCGCCAAUGUUCGCAUCCACCCUUGGAGACAGAACACCACCUGCAGACUCGACUGUCCCGCAAACAGCCAUUACGAGCUGUGUGGCACUGACUGUGGCCACAUCUGUGCCAGCAGUGUCGAUGCCACCUGUGAGCAGGUUUGCUCUGAGGGAUGUUUCUGUAAUGAAGGCUUUCUCCGGAGUGGGACAAGAUGUGUCCCAGUGGAAAGCUGUGGCUGUCUAUAUGACGGGUUCUACUAUAAUGCUGGUGAGUCCUUCUGGACAGAGCGUUGCUCCCAGCGAUGUGAAUGCCAUGCUCCCAAUGACCUUCGCUGUUCUGCGGCAUCUUGCACUCAUGCACAAGAGUGCACCAUCAGAAAUGGCCAGCUGGGAUGUUUUGACGAUAUGUCUACGUGCACUGUGUGGGGCGACCCACACUACAUCACCUUUGAUGGGGUACUGGCCCAUUUCCAGGGCACGUGCUCUUACAUCAUAACUGAAAGCUUGAACCACGGCAUCAAUGAAACACAGUUCCAGGUAGUAGCCACCAACAAUCAUCGUGGCAGCAAACGUGUGUCGUUUGUGUCAGAAGUGGAUGUUUACCUAUCACAUCAAUCAGAGGAUGUGCAUGUAUGGAUUGGACCCAAUAAAAGAGUAAAGGUAAAUGGAGGUGAGGUGUCUCUUCCUACCGCUGUUGGAACUUUAGCUCAGCUAGUAAGACAAGGAAGUUACAUCGUGCUUGAGGAUAUGGACUUGAAAGUUCACUUUGACGGUCAAAGCACCUUACUGGUCCGAGUGGGCCAGUACCGUCAAAAUCGAGUCAGAGGCAUGUGUGGAAACUUCAACAGGGAUCCUUCCGAUGACAAAGUUUUGUCCAAUGGCACAUUGGCACAGAAUGACGAUCAGUUUGGACACAGCUGGACGUCAUCCACAAGCCAACCAGGAUGCGGAUCCACUGAUGAAGACAGUGGGGACGGAUUGAGCAAUUGUCUUUUUCUGAGAGAAUACUCAGAGCUCUGUAGUGUCAUCACCAACAGUAGCGGUCCCUUCGGUGCCUGUCACGUGCACUCUGAUCCACAGCCAUUUUUCAGUUCCUGCGUCUAUGACCUCUGCCUUUAUACUCCAGCCAAUGGCAUCCUGUGUUCUGCAGUCUCCGCCUACGAGAGCACCUGCUCUGUUUUGGGGUUAAGUGUCCCUGAAUGGCGCUCUGCUGCGCUGUGUGAUAAAUCACUCCAGCUGGGUGACUCAUUCUGGAGUGACCGUACCUGUACACAGAAGUGCACCUACACCUCAGCAGGCCUGCAGUGUCACAGCGAAAGCUGCUCCUUUUCCCAAAUCUGUCAACCCGCUGCCUUUAAAUUCUCCUGCCAGACCGUGCAGAGAGGCUCCUGCAGCAUAAGUGGUGAUCCACAUUACUAUACCUUUGAUCAAAAAGUCUUCCACUUCCAAGGCACCUGCACUUAUGUUCUCUCUGAGCAAUGUGGUCGUGGGUUGCCCUACUUUAGAGUAGAGGGCAAGAAUGAGCAUCGGGGCAGCACCCAGUAUUCCUGGACACGACUGGUGAAAGUGUUCGUCUAUAAUAAAACCAUUGAGCUUGUCAAGGGACGACGAGGUGCAGUUAAGGUUAAUGGCAUCUUUGCAGACACUCCUUUCUAUCUCAACAAUGGCACGGUACAGGUUUAUCAGUCCGGUUUUUCUGUGAUCGUCAGCACUGACUUCGGCUUGCAGGUGUCUUAUGACACAAAUCAUUAUGUGAAGAUCAGUGUGCCCUACACCUACCAGAAUGCAACAUGUGGCCUGUGUGGAAACUUCAACAAUAAUGGCAGGGAUGACUUCAUAACCAGACAAGGAGAAAUUGUAAGCUCUGGUGUGGUUUUUGCCAACAGUUGGCAAGUAUCAGGAGGCGAUGAGCCUGGCUGUGAGGGGCAGUGUGAAGGUCUGAGCUGUGCUACCUGUACUGAGGCUCAAACUGCUUUAUACAGCAACAGUGCCCAUUGUGGUAUCCUCCAAAAUAGCUCUGGACCUUUUGCUGCUUGCCACGACACACUUUCCCCACAGAGCUUUGUGCAAAGCUGUGCGUAUGAUUUGUGUGUAGGAGAAGGAUAUCAACCCAUUCUUUGCCAAGCUUUAAAUGUGUACGCAAGACAGUGUCAACAGAAUGGUAUACAGCUGCCAAGCUGGAGGAGACAAGACUUUUGUGAGAUCCAAUGCCCUGCCAACAGCCACUUUGAGCCCCAAGGCACCGCAUGUCCAGCUUCCUGUGUCAACCCAAAUUCUACCCAAAGCUGUCCUCUUCCUGACCAAGAGAGCUGCCUCUGCAAUUCAGGUUACAUCCUCAGUGCUGGUCUCUGCAUCCCUCAUGCUGAGUGUGGCUGCAGCUUUGAGGGUAGCUACUACCGCUCGGGAGUAACUGUAAUACUAGAUGAGGACUGUGGGAGACGUUGUAGCUGCAGUAAUGGAUCCAUGACUUGCCGCCCCCAUGGUUGUGGCCCUCUUCAAUCAUGCGGUGUGGAUGAGGGAGAAAGAGGAUGCAGACCCAACAGCUAUGGCACAUGCUGGAUGAAAGGUCCAGGGUCAUAUUACACGUUUGAUGGAUUGACCUACCUGUAUCCCGGGGCGUGUCGAUUGACCCUUGCCAAAGUAAUGGGAUUGUCUAGUUACCCACAUUUUGUGGUGACAGCAGAGAAACUGCCUGUAGGCCAGCAGGGGUUUUCUAGAGUGCUAAAGUUUGAGGCUGGGGGAAUACAGGUGUCCAUUGAGAUGGCAGGUAGCAGCAGAAUAUUGGUUGAUGGACAGCAGAUAAGACUACCAUUCAGCUCGGCAUCCAACCACAUCCAAAUCUACCACAGCAGCCUUCACAGCAUCAUCCUUCGCACGUCCUUUGGUGUAACUAUACAGACCGUUUGGCCUCACUUUGUGCGUGUCACCGCACCCGGCAUCUACAACGGUUCAUUGGGUGGACUCUGUGGAAACUACAAUGGACAGCCUAAUGACGACUUCCGCACACCCAAUGGCAUUCUGGUUAACAGCUCUCAGGACUUUGGGGACAGUUGGCGGGACGGCUCCCUCUCUGCAGAGUGUGUGGAGAGAGUAAAUCGUAACUCCACAACCAAUUACAAUUCUAGUGAGUACUGUGGCAUUCUUGGUUCCCCACAUGGGCCGUUUGCCCAGUGCUGGGCCAUGGGGAGCUCCCAGCAGCAUGUGGAUGCCUGUGGGGAGAUCAUUAGAGCCUCUAGAGAUCCAGUCCAAGCACUAUGUGAGGUCCUACGAGAUUACGCACUAAUGUGUCAACAGAAUGGUAUUGCCCUUGGACAUUGGAGAAAUGCAACUCACUGUGAGCAAAACUGCCCCCAAAACAGCCACCCAGAAGACUGUGGAAGCACCUGUCCUUCCGCCUGCCCCAGCCUCUCUUUCCCUUUCGUCUGUGACACCGUGUGCCAGGAUGGGUGUCAGUGUGAUGAUGGCUUUGUCCUCGACGGAAACCAGUGUGUGCGACCCACAGGGUGCGGAUGCUAUCACCAAGGACGCUAUCGGCAGGGAGGCGAGCAGUUCUGGGAUGGGGAAGAGUGUCAGAGUUUGUGUACCUGUACAGGCACAACUGGAAUGGUCCACUGUAUCCCCAACGCCUGUGGUCCCCAAGAGUCCUGCCGUGUGGUGGAGGGUGAGUUUGGCUGCCAUCCUGACCCUCAUGGCACAUGUUCUGCCUCUGGUGACCCCCACUACCUCACCUUUGAUCGCAAGGCCUACGACUUCCAGGGAACCUGCCGCUAUGUGUUGGCGACUCUCUGCAAUGACACUGAUGGGCUUCACCAAUUUUCUGUGGAAGCUAAGAAUGAGCCAGUCAACGGCUGGCCAGUGUCAGUAACAGCAGAAGUUUUUGUUAAUGUGGCAGGCUAUCGUGUGCAUAUGUCGAGGGAGAGUCAUGGUGUGGUACAGGUGAACGGAGUAACUAAAAACGUACCUAUCCUCCUGAAUGGAAGUCUUUCUAUUCGCGCUAGUGGAUUUCACACAUACGUCAGUGCUGAUUUUGGCCUGAGUGUCAUGUACGAUGGAUGGUAUACAGUGUCUGUUUCUGUACCUUCAAUAUACAGAGGAAAAACAUGUGGACUUUGUGGUAACUUCAAUGGAAAUCCCAAUGAUGACUUCCACACCCACUCUGGAAUCAUGGUUACCUCUCCACAAGAGUUUGGAACCGCCUGGAAAGUUGCAGGCAACUACAUCUGCAGCGAUGGGUGUGGCUCCUCCUGUCCACAAUGCACCAACGAGCUACCUGCCAGAGCCCGAUGUGACGUGAUUCAGGCAUCUGAUGGACCCUUAAGCUUCUGUCAUGAGCUGGUGAACCCAGCGCCAUAUUUCAGUGACUGUGUGUUUGAUGUUUGUGUGUCGGGAAGUGAAGAUCUUCUGUGCAGAGCCAUUCAGUCAUACGUCAGUGCCUGUCAGUCCGCCAAUGUUCGCAUCCACCCUUGGAGACAGAACACCACCUGCAGACUCGACUGUCCCGCAAACAGCCAUUACGAGCUGUGUGGCACUGACUGUGGCCACAUCUGUGCCAGCAGUGUCGAUGCCACCUGUGAGCAGGUUUGCUCUGAGGGAUGUUUCUGUAAUGAAGGCUUUCUCCGGAGUGGGACAAGAUGUGUCCCAGUGGAAAGCUGUGGCUGUCUAUAUGACGGGUUCUACUAUAAUGCUGGUGAGUCCUUCUGGACAGAGCGUUGCUCCCAGCGAUGUGAAUGCCAUGCUCCCAAUGACCUUCGCUGUUCUGCGGCAUCUUGCACUCAUGCACAAGAGUGCACCAUCAGAAAUGGCCAGCUGGGAUGUUUUGACGAUAUGUCUACGUGCACUGUGUGGGGCGACCCACACUACAUCACCUUUGAUGGGGUACUGGCCCAUUUCCAGGGCACGUGCUCUUACAUCAUAACUGAAAGCUUGAACCACGGCAUCAAUGAAACACAGUUCCAGGUAGUAGCCACCAACAAUCAUCGCGGCAGCAAACAUGUAUCGUUUGUGUCAGAAGUGGAUGUUUACCUAUCACAUCAAUCAGAGGAUGUGCAUGUAUGGAUUGGACCCAAUAAAAGAGUAAAGGUAAAUGGAGGUGAGGUGUCUCUUCCUACCGCUGUUGGAACUUUAGCUCAGCUAGUAAGACAAGGAAGUUACAUCGUGCUUGAGGCUAUGGACUUGAAAGUUCACUUUGACGGUCAAAGCACCUUACUGGUCCGAGUGGGCCAGUACCGUCAAAAUCGAGUCAGAGGCAUGUGUGGAAACUUCAACAGCGAUCCUUCCGAUGACAAAGUUUUGUCCAAUGGCACAUUGGCACAGAAUGACAAUCAGUUUGGACACAGCUGGACGUCAUCCACAAGCCAACCAGGAUGCGGAUCCACUGAUGAAGACAGUAGCGACGGAUUGAGCAACUGUCGUUUUCUGAGAGAAUACUCAGAGCUUUGUAGUGUCAUCACCAACAGUAGCGGUCCCUUCAGUGCCUGUCACGUGCACUCUGAUCCACAGCCAUUUUUCAGUUCCUGCGUCUAUGACCUCUGCCUUUACACUCCAGUCAAUGGCAUGCUAUGUUCUGCAGUUUCCGCCUACGAGAGCACCUGCUCUGUUUUGGGGUUAAGUGUCCCUGAAUGGGGCUCUGCUUUGCAGUGUGCUGAGUCAGACCCCUGUGAGCAGCUGGACUGCACAGAGUACGAGUGGUGCGGUGAGAAGGACGGUGUGUACGGCUGCUUCUGUGAUGAGCGCCACCAUCGUUCCAACAACGAGAGCUACGACUCGUCCAUCACUUGUCACAGUAGUUCGGGCACCAUGUCUGUGUCUCGAUGCCAACUGUUUGAAGACGGAUUCCCCUCCAGUUCCCUCCACCUCCGAGAUGCCUCGUGCAACGGGACUCUCCAGGGCGGACGACUGGUGUUCCAAUUUGACAAUAAGGACCAGCAUUGUGGGACAUCUCUCAGGAGCAACGGAACCCAUUUCUUCUAUGAGAACACCAUCCAGGGUGCUGUGGACCCUCAUAAAGGUCUAAUCAACCACCAGGUGACCAUUCAGUUGGGUUUCUGCUGUGAAUACCCUCUGACCCACUCCGUGUCCAUGGACGUGGCCAUCAACCCUGUAGAGAGCAUUGUGAGAAAGAAGCUUCCUAUGGGCCAUGGACAGUAUCAUGUGAGAAUGAUCCCUUACCAGGAUGCUGGCUUCCUCUUCCCCUUGGCCAGUAACGGGAACAUAGACAUGGAAAUAGACCAAAGGAUGUAUGUGGAGAUCCGGACAGAAGGAGUCGAUGGAAGUCAGAUCACCACCAUUGUGGACUCUUGUUGGGCCACGCCAGUCAAUAACGAGAGCUACCCUGUCCGCUGGGAUCUCAUAAGCGCAGAGUAAACAAGCCUUUGCAACUUCAUGCAGACUAGCACGCUGAUCACCGGUUAUUUCACAACGCAGCUCUGUUUAUUUCAUAGCCGGUUACAUCGUCACUUCUUUCUCCCUCCAGGUGUCCUAACCCAGCGGAUGGGACGGUAGAGCUAUUUGCUAACGGCAUCUCCAACGCGGCCCGAUUCUCCUUCAGGACGUUCACCUUCAUCAACUUUUCAUCAAUCCACCUGCACUGCCAGGUCCACCUGUGUCUUCUGACAAAUGGCGACUGCACAGCUCACUGCCAGCCUGGAGACCACGGGCGAGUUCGGAGAGAUGUGUCCCAGGAUGCCAUCACGGGCAUCUCGCUCGGACCCUUCACCAUGGCGCCACACAGGAAAGCCAGAAUGGUGAAUCCGAGCAGCGCAUGAGGCCAGUUGACCACGCUGGUGACUCCGCUCGUCAGUUUGCUGGCAGUCAAAUCUCUGGUGAAGGGUGCUCAAAUAUGAUCCAUAUACUAAAACCAAUUAACAUAGAUUUGCUUUUGCAUUGUAUUUUUAUUUCAGAGGUCCUUUCCUGGUCUUGAACGCUGUCUUUGUGGUCAGGUGAAAAAGUAAUUUAUCUUUGUAACGCUAGAGGACGCCAAUGUGCUACAUUCUGAAGCUGAAGUCCUUUUCUGUAGUUUCUUCCACCAUAUCAGAUGUUCAUCCAGUGUAUCCU